GAAAAUUUUCUUUUGUUCAUUUCAGGAAAAUAAAGAACAGAUAGAUUAUGAAUACUGCUUUAGCUGCAAGAAAGCAUUCAUUGUGAGGGAGUCUGUCUUCAGCAAGAUUGUGAAUGAAGUUGAAGAACUGGAUCAGAACAAUGCUGUUCUAUCUCCCAGAGGAGAAACAGAUUAUACCGCAAUUAAUUCACACCACUCGUCUUCAGACAAAGAACCCAGUGGUGGUGAAGAGAAUGGGGUUGGGAGGCCCCAGUGCUCAUGCUCUCAUGACACCUCUGCGAUCGACUUCAAUGGAAUCGACAUAGUGGAAAACUUUGUAUCCCCUGCUGAAGAAAAAGAGCUUGUGCAGUCAAUAUCCCAGACACCCUUUGUGAACUCUCAGUCAGGACGACGAAAACAGGACUUUGGCCCAAAAGUGAACUUCAAGAAGCAGAAGUUGAAGAUGGCAAAUUUCAGUGGAUUGCCGUCAUAUAGUCAGGUUUUGUACGAGAGAAUGAAAUCUCUUCCGUUCCUGGAAAACUUUGAGCCGGUGGAGUUAUGCAACCUGGAGUACUGCGAGGAGAGGGGAGCCCACAUCGACCCUCACUUUGACGACAGCUGGUUGUGGGGAGAGCGCCUGGUGACCUUGAACCUUCUGUCGGACUCGGUGUUGACCUUCUCGUGUGAUUCCCAACCCAAAGUGCUGGUCCGUGUUCCUCUCAGACGCUGGUCGUUGAUAAGCGUUUCUUCCUCUGCCCGUCAUGUCUGGAAGCAUGCCGUCGAUUCUUCACAUAUUCGUAACAAAAGGUUGGCGAUGACUUUUCGGGAACUGUCUGAAGAAUUCACGGAUGGUGGCCUGAGGGCUGAAGAAGGUUGUGCACUUUUAAAACUGGCUUUGUCUUUCCAGGGCUGUGCUAUUGUCAGUUGAAGGUUACUCUACUGUUUAGUUGUAUUUGUCUUUAAAUAAUCACAGUCAGCCUUGUGCUAACUGAUGAAGAGGCUUUUUGGGGGGCUGCAAUCAUAACUAUAAUCAUUUUAUGGGCCUUUGAAAAGUUGCAGGUAAAUUGUUUUGAAGAUGGGUUUUUUUCAGUGCAAACCCUUCACUCCUUCUUUUAGGACUAUAAUAAUAAUAAUAAAUAGCAGGGGGUUCGAGCCUCAGCUCGGUCCUACGUUGUGUCCUUAGGAAAGGCACUUUAUUCGAACUUUCCUCUUGGCUCGGUGCUUUCGGAGACGGACGUUAAACUAGGAAGUCCCGCCUCUUAUAUAACCUAAUAGUGUUGAUAGGGGCGUUAAACCAAUACCAUACCAUUUUCAUUUCACAGCCAAAUCACAGUAGUCAGGAACUGUCUUGUACCGCGAGCAUCGACUUGCCAAACAGAUCCAAAAUGUUCCAAAGCGGCAACGUUUCUUUGGUAAAAAAAUGCUCAACAUUAGCUCAACGUUUUUCUUCUCUCUCACUGUUGGGUUCAGGCUUUUGUGGUUGAGGGACGGAGCAAGUUUCUCUGCCGAUGAUUUUUUUCCUCUUCAAAAAGUCUCUGAAGGUGGGAGAAUGAUGCUUUCAUUGUGUCCCCUUGACCUUGCAAAGCUGGGAAUGUGAAGGUUUUUUCCAUUUCGUUUUGUGCAAACCGAUUGUUGGGGAGGCUUUUGAAGAGGUGUACAGUGUCGAAAAAAAAGAUGUUUUCGCCUUUCCUAAAGAGGUUUUUGAUCUUUGGUUUGAGCUCUCCUCCACACGGGGCAGUGAGGGCAAAGACCACGGUAAACCCACCGCUGUGUAACACACGUAGCACAUUUGUAAUCGUAAUGUGUAGCCAGCUGGCAUUUGUGUUUUUUACUGGCACCAUAGCCGUUACAUCUUUCUGUUUUGACACCAAGGAGGAAAUCAUAAACAUUUGGGCUGUACUGGCCUUGGCGACACUGUUGUUUGUGGCUAAUCCUUUCAGCUAAGGUGUCGUUGGUAGCCUAGUGGUUAGGCUACCGGACUGGUAAUUGUGAGAUAGCGGGUUCGGGGGUUCGAGCCUAA